AUGAGCCGUCCUGCGAAUGGAGCAUCCGAGUUUGGGAUCGGAGGACCCCAGCUCGGAGCCCAAGGACAUGAAAGGCCCACAGAGUCUCCUGCCACAGUGAUGCCUGCGCACUCUAGGCCAUGGAUUAGGCCUUCGGACUCUGGAUCGGAGGGUCUGGGGUUCGGAGCCUAUUGGCCCCAGAUACGUUCUGCACUGUGUGGCAUGGAAAUCCGGCAUCAGUUCAAGAAGAUGGGCACAGAGACUUUUUGUGUGAUAGCCAAACGAUCAUCAAGUUACUACCUGUACAGAUAUUCAGCAGAAGAUUCUCUCUUCGUUUUCAGUCCGUGGUCGUCUGUCCGACGAUCUGCAAUUAGAAUAUCCUGCCACAGAUACUUUGAGCUGUUUGUGAUGACAACUAUACUGUUAAACUGCAUAUUCCUUGCCCUGUCUCAGCCAAUUGAAGAAACAGAAUAUGUAUUCCUCAUUAUCUAUACAGUUGAAAUGGUUAUCAAGAUCAUAGCAAAAGGAUUCAUUCUACAUAAAUAUACAUACCUAAGAAAUCCAUGGAACUGGCUCGACUUUCUAGUUGUCCUCUCUGGAUACAUCACUUUGAGCUUGCAAGCCAUAGGUGUCGCUAUUGGUAACCUUUCUGGACUUCGUACUUUUCGAGUAUUGAGAGCGUUAAAAACUGUAUCUAUUACUCCAGGUCUUAAAACCAUAGUGAAUGCCAUGCUACAUUCUCUGGGUAUGUUGGCUGAAGUGAUGACGUUAACAGUUUUUUGCCUUAUGGUUUUUGCCCUUUUAGCUCUUCAGUUGUACGUUGGUGUUCUGCGACACAAGUGUAUAUUCAAUGUACCUUUUCAAAAUGUAUCGCACGCCACUUAUGCCUUACACGUGAACAAUCGGUCAUCCUGGUUAUUGGACAGCGACGGACAGCCGGCUGUUUGUGGGAAUAGGACUGGAACAAGACACUGUCCAGAAAACUACACUUGCCUUCCUGGAAUUGAUGAAAACCCAAACUUCGGCUACACCAACUUUGAUUCUUACGGAUGGGCUUUGCUCACUACUUUUCAACUCAUCACUCUUGACUUUUGGGAAGACGUGUAUAACAAAAUCAACGCUGCUACUGGACCAACGAGCGUAUUUUUCUUCAUGCUGGUAGUUUUCUUUGGAUCCUUCUACCUGAUAAAUUUAACGCUUGCUGUCGUCGCCAUCGCUUACGAAGAGGAAGCAGCAACUACUCUCAGAGAACAAGAUAAAAUUAAACGUUUUACGGUUGGAUUGCCCACUCGCUUGUAUUCCACACUACUGGCCAUCAAGAUGCGAUCUCGAAUGCUUCAUCCGACGUUUCGCAGACGAUCUCGUCAGCCUCAGCGUUGGUGCAGCCCCAGAAGGGGAGCAGGAAACACUCCAAAUCGAAUCCAAGUACGUAGGAAUGAAAUUUCGGAAAACGCUUCCCAUCGAAAUUCAUUCCGAAAUUCAAGACGCACCUUCGCUCCUGGAGAAACAUUGUAUGAGGAAGAUGAAGAUGAUGCGGAACAGCACCACCGUUCUUCCAGUAGGACAAAGCGAACUUGUCUGGAAGAAGCUCCUGACAUUGUGAUUAGCACAGGAGGACAGCUUCCAGCCAUGGGGCGAACCCAAGGAAAUUUUUCUCGUUCUUGUAGACAGUUUCUUCAGAUUACAAUAAGCAUCUUUGCACAAAUCAGACGGAUUUUGACACUGAUUGUUAGCGAUCCACUUUUCGAUUCCUUCAUCACAGUUUGCAUUCUGUUGAACACAGCAUUUCUGUCUUUCGAACAUCAUGGGAUGACGGUGAAAAUGGAGAGAAUACUCAGACUGGGAAAUCUGGUAUUCACCAUCAUAUUCUCACUGGAAGCUGCAGUUAAGCUGCUUGCUCUCGGCCGCAGCUACUUCAGGAGCAAAUGGAAUGUGUUCGACUUGGUAGUGGUUGUGGUCAGCCUCGCCGAUCUAAGUUUCGAAACUGUCGGAGGACUAUCUGUGUUAAGAACCUUUCGUCUACUUCGUGUUGUGAAACUGGCCCAGGCAUGGCCGACAAUGCGUCUGCUCCUCACCAUCAUUGCCAGCACUCUAGGUGCUGUUGGAAACAUGACGCUCGUGUUAGCAGUCAUCGUCUACAUUUUUGCCAUCAUGGGCGUUCAGCUCUUCGGCGACAUCUAUGCUGCAGAAAACUUUGCACCUUCGCCAGUGCCUAGAUGGAAUUUCACUGAUUUCUGGCAUUCGCUGUUAAUGAUGUUUCGCAUCCUAUGUGGUGAGUGGGUGCAACCACUGUGGGACUGCAUGCGAGCUGCUGGUGAAAAGUACCAUGUCUGCAUCUUCCUGUUUCUGGUGGCGCUGACGGUUGGAAACUUUUUAGUGCUCAAUCUUUUCUUAGCCAUGUUGCUCAAUUCUUUCAAUUCACAAGAGCUUAAGGAGAAACGGAAAGAAGCAUCCGAUUCAAAACUGCUCAAAGGCUUCCAGCGAAUCAAGGGCGUCAUCCGCCGCACCAACGUUAUUCAUGAAUUAGACCGGGUCGAACCACUCCAGCAACGGCCGUCACCCCAACCUGUCUUCCAAAAACGGAGAUGGUCCGAGCCCGGGAUUGUUCUGCGUCCUAUGUCACCCAGAAGGUCGAACGACACCUCCAACAGUGUUUGGGACAAGUUUCUACUCUCCAGAGAUAUUCCAAGUACAUUGAGUCAGUACGGUUCUGCGAGGAUGUUGGCAGCAUCGGACAAAACGCUAAACAGACAUCCGUUGGCACAGUUCCAUGAAAAGGAUCCUCAGAACCAUUCAAGAGAUUCAAGUCCUCUGAAAAAAUGCGACGAAGAAAAUGUUCUUAAAGAACCACCCAAGUGUUGUCCAAGCUGCAUAUACAGGCACUUAGACACGGAAAAUAGACCUUUCUUCAGAUACUGGAAGAAAGGGAGAAGGCAUGUGUUCAAUAUUGUCAAUCACCGAGUAUUUGAGUGGGUGAUACUGCUUCUGAUCUUCUCCAGCAGUAUAGUACUGUGCUUUGAAGAUGUGUUCCUUCCCGACAAACCUCAACUGAUGAAGAUUCUCGGUUACUUCAACUUCUUCUUUACCGCAUGUUUCGUCAUAGAAGUGCUUCUGAAAUGGAUUGCGUUCGGUUUUAUGGUCUAUUUCAGCAGUCUGUGGACAACGAUGGAUUUUAUCAUAGUCUGCGUGUCUGUGGUGAGCGUUGUUGCAGAAAGUUCAGGUAGCGGUUUGUACGUUUUGAGGGCUUUUCGAACUCUCCGUGCUCUGCGACCUUUAAGAGCUAUAUCGAGAUGGGAAGGCAUGAAAAUCGUCGUAAACGCCCUGAUGUCGGCCAUUCCGUCCAUCUUCAACGUGCUCCUGGUGUGCCUGGUGUUCUGGCUGAUCUUCAGCAUCAUGGGGGUGCAGUUCUUCGGGGGCCGCUUCUACCGCUGCAUCGACGAGGAGGGCCGCACCCUUUCUCCCCAAGUCACCGCCGACGUGGGACAGUGCCUUAUCCUCAACUAUUCCUGGGUCAACAGGGACAUUAAUUUCGACAACGUCGGUAACGCCUACCUUGCUCUCUUCCAAGUGGCAACAUUUGAAGGUUGGACAGAGGUGAUGGAGUACGCAACGGACGCCACUGAAGUUGGAUCGCAACCCUACACGGAAGCCAACUUUCCAGCCUACAUUUAUUUCGUCACGUUCAUUAUUUGCGGAUCAUUUUUCACCCUUAACCUUUUCAUUGGAGUCAUCAUCGACAACUUUAACAUGCUGAAGAAAAAGUACGAAGGCGGCAUUGUGGAAAUGUUUUUGACUGAUAGCCAAAAAGCAUAUUACACGGCAAUGCUUAAACUUGGACGACGGAAACCUCAAAGAAUAGUUACCAGGCCUCAAAACAGAUAUUUGAGAUUUUGCUACGAUGUUGCUAUGAGUCGCAGGUUUGAGAUGAUCGUAUUUGCCCUCAUCAUACUGAACAUGAUCGCAAUGACCGUGGAGCACUACCAACAGCCAGAUGAAGUGACUCAUAUCUUGGAAACAUUGAAUAUCGUGUUCACUACCAUCUUUGGGAUCGAGGCUGUCAUCAAAAUCAUUGGACUGAGGCAGUAUUAUUUCACCUUCCCGUGGAAUGUGUUUGACCUGACUGUAAUUGUCAUGUCUGUCAUUGGAAUUAUUUUCGAAGAAGCGCUUCAGAAACUUGUCAUUAGCCCAACAUUGCUCAGAGUUGUUCGUCUCAUACGCAUCGGACGUAUCUUACGCCUCAUCAAGGCCGCUAAAGGGAUCCGGAAACUGUUAUUCGCUCUGGUGAUCUCCCUUCCAGCCUUGUUCAACAUUGGUGCCCUUUUAUUCUUAGUGACAUUCGUUUAUGCCAUCAUUGGCAUGUCUCUGUUCGGUCACGUUAAACUUCCAGACACAGGAGGGGGUGGAAGUGGCCUGUCGGAGAUGGUCAAUUUCCAGACGUUCGCAAAUAGCAUGGUCCUACUCUUCCGAUUGGCUACUUCCGCUGGAUGGAAUGAUGUUCUGGACACUCUAAUGGUCCGUCCACCAAACUGUGAUAUUCACUAUAAAGGCAUGCCAAAUGGAAAUUGUGGGCACCCAACCAUUGCGGUCAUUUACUUAGUCACUUAUAUCAUCAUUAACUUCAUGGUCAUCAUCAACAUGUACAUUGCUGUAAUUCUGGAGAAUCUUAGCCAAGCUAGUAAGGAAGAGACUGGUAUAUCGGAGGAAGACAUCGAAAUGUUCUAUGUCUGUUGGUCGCAGUUUGACCCAAGCGCCUCGCAGUUCAUCCACCACAGCCAGCUGUCAGAUUUUGUAGACUCUCUGGAGCCUCCACUGGGCAUCGAGAAACCGAAUGAACCUGCAUUAGUGGCUAUGAAUCUUCCCAUUGCGACAGGGGAUCGAAUUCAUUGCCUGGACAUCCUUCACAGUUUGGUGAAUUUAGUCCUCGGAGAUGUUGAAGAUUCGGAAGAAUUUCGGAUCGUUCGACGCCAAGUUGAUCAACGAUUCAGGAAAACGUUUCCAACGCGGAACCUUGUUGAAAUUGUUUCCACAACUCUGAAGCGGAAACAGCAAGAUAAUGCAGCAAAAGUAAUCCAGAGGACAUUCAAAAAGCAUUUAGUUCAAAAACAAAACAGUACCAGAGGUCAAAAUCCUUAGCCGGAAAUUUUUUCUUAGUGUAUAUGGUUGACAAUUAAAUUGCCAUAGUGUUUUUUAUUACAGUGAAACCUAUCUUGAUCCAUCUUCUUGUUCUACGAAUUCCUU